CAAAAAGAAAUUCUAAUUGGAUCAAGAGAUUUUUAACUCAUUUAAAUAUAUCAAAUAAAAUCUGCUUUAUAAAGGUAGUUACUACUCAUUCCAUGAUAGCAAAGGUAGUUACUUCUCCUCCCCGCAUCUAUAUAUUCUUCAUCAUUAUCCUUCCCUCUCAAGUCUCAAGUCUCAAGUCUCAAGUCUCACCCCAUCUUUAACCCAACAACCUUUUCUCAAUUUCUCCCCCAAUUCAAAAAUGGCAGACCCACAUGAACCACUCCUCUCCAACACCCAAGUUUUCGAUCAGCAAUCAGCUUAUGAACCAACUGAGAAAGUCUUCGUUAUGGGAAUCAACGAAAACGACACCGCAAUUGACGAUUCCCAAACGCCGCCGUUUUCCUGGAAGAAACUCUGGUUGUUCACGGGGCCAGGGUUUCUGAUGAGUAUAGCAUUUUUAGACCCAGGAAACUUGGAAGGUGAUUUACAGGCUGGUGCGAUUGCUGGCUACUCUCUUCUAUGGCUGUUGUUUUGGGCCACUGCUAUGGGUCUUCUGAUCCAGCUUCUAUCGGCCCGUUUAGGUGUUGUUACGGGUCGACACUUGGCGGAGCAUUGUCGGGAUGAAUACCCUAAUUGGGUUAGUUAUCUAUUGUGGAUUAUGGCUGAAAUGGCUUUAAUUGGGUCGGAUAUUCAGGAGGUUAUUGGUAGUGCUAUUGCUUUGAAGAUUUUGAGUCAUGGGUUUUUACCCCUUUGGUCUGGUGUUCUUAUUACUGCUUCUGACUGUUUCUUGUUUCUGUUUCUAGAAAACUAUGGUGUGAGGAAACUAGAGGCAGUUUUUGCUGUCCUUAUAGCUACAAUGGCUCUGUCGUUUGCGUGGAUGUUUGGUGAUACCAAGCCAAAUGGUUCAGAACUUCUUGUUGGUCUCGUGGUUCCAAAGCUGAGCUCGAAAACAAUACAACAAGCUGUUGGUUUAGUGGGUUGUAUUAUCAUGCCUCACAAUGUGUUUUUGCAUUCCGCCUUGGUACAGUCUAGAGACAUUGAUCACACUAAGCGAGGGCGAGUGCAAGAGGCGCUCAAUUAUUAUUCAAUUGAGUCCACUCUUGCCCUCGCCAUCUCCUUCAUUAUUAACCUCUUUGUCAUGACUGUUUUUGCCAAGUCGUUUUAUGGCACACCCCAGGCAGAGACAAUAGGCCUCUCAAAUGCUGGCUAUUUUCUACAAGAUAAGUAUGGCGGUGGAUUAUUCCCGAUUCUGUACAUUUGGGCUGUUGGUUUGUUGGCUGCUGGCCAAAGUAGCACCUUGACGGGGACUUAUGCAGGGCAAUUCAUUAUGGGUGGUUUCCUAAAUCUCCGACUGAAGAAGUGGAUACGAGCCUUGAUCACCCGAAGUUGUGCAAUUAUCCCCACUAUCAUUGUUGCUCUUAUAUUUGAUAGGUCGGAUGAUAUGCUUGACGUAUUGAAUGAAUGGCUUAACGUGCUGCAGUCGAUUCAGAUACCUUUUGCUAUCAUUCCCCUCCUUUACUUGGUUUCCAAAGAAGAGAUCAUGGGUGCUUUCCAAAUUGGCCGUGUUCUCAAGACACUAGCUUGGCUCGUAGCAGCACUCGUGAUUGUAAUAAACGGAUAUCUGAUGGUCGAGUUUUUCUCCGAUGAAGCCACAGGAUUUCUUUUUGGCUCCGUAGUAUGUAUUUUCACAGCAGCAUAUAUAGCAUUUGUCGCGUAUCUGAUUUGGAGGAGUGUUUCCGUCUCAUCUUGGUUUAGCUCCGGUAAGUUGAGGAAUGCUAUGACCAUAACUAACUAACUAACUAACUUCCAUUUCAGCUGCUCCAAACCUGUGUUCUGCACAUUCAUCUUUGUUGCCUUGUUUUAUGUUCAGCUUAAAUGUUUUUGAAGGGCCAGUUUUUGUACAAAGCCAAUUGAAGUGGCCUACUGUAUUUCUUUGUGCCAUAUUUAGUAGUUAAAUUGUAUCACCUCAUUGUUAGAUCAAAAAUGGGAGUCUUUGUGUAUGGUUUUCUGCAAAAUUUUGUAAUUAUUGGAAAAUAGAAAAAAUAUUUGGA